AGUGACUGAUUUUUAUACUUAUAGAUCAAAAAGUGUGUUAUAAUUGUAUACAAUAUUACAAGUGUGUAAAUUGUAUUUUUAUUAUGAGGAACAGGAAUAACACAGGUUGGACAUGAUGACGCUGGCCAAGUCAUAAAAAUAAUGCUCGAGCAAAAAACCACAUGCAAAUUGUCUACUAGAAUGUAAAAUAGAUACUGACAUCAAUAUUGAAUCUACUUGCUAUGGUUAAAAUGAUCAUGUGACAUCUAAAUGCGUUGCUUUUCGACACAUAUGAUGUGAAAAAUAAGUCGAUGAUUGAAGUCUUUUCAUCUAAUUGUGAUGCACGCCGCAGUAUCGGAACCUCUAGACAACAUGAUGGAGACUGCCGAAGUGGCAACUGCAGAUGACGAGAUAACUCCUGGUGAUUCAACGUUUAGCCUUCUUCCUGGUGAAGAAAUGGUAUCAUCACAUAAUUAUGCAGAACCUUGUUUGUCUAGGCUGGAAUCUCCUAGUUUAAGUGAAAGACAAGGGCCAAUAGACGAUUAUGAAAGGCUAUCAUCAAGUAAUUUGUCUCAAGUGGAUGCACCACAAGAUGUUCUGGAAGGGACUUAUGAAACUUCUAAUAUCGAAGGUUUGAAAUUGGAGCAGGACUCUCAUUUAUCAAAUCUGGAUUCGGAUAGAUCCGAUAGUCCUUUCAAGUGUGCCAAGAUUCCAAGACUGUCAGAAACACCAUCUCCUGCAGCUAGUUUGCCUGUUUCGAUUGAUAUUUCUGGUUGCAAUGUUGCUGGUGCCGCCUCUUGGCAUCCUCAUGUAUAUGCAAGGCCGCCAAGGGCACCAACGCCUCAUUUUAUAGCAGACAUCCUAGGAUGGGGAAAGGAAUCUAAAAACAGGACAAUAAAUGAGGAUGUAGUGAGCUUAGAAACUAGUGAACCGUUAAAUUUAAGCGUGGCCAAAAGCUGUAGCACGAAGAGUAGAAUACUUCUGAAGAAAGAGCAAGCAGUAAAAGUGGCACGCCGCAAAAAAUCGACAUCAGAUCCACCGCCCAUCGUCAUACCUCCAAUAUCGAACAUCAAAACUUUAUCACCCGCCAGUCCUUUAUCCAGGGCGACUCCUUCGGCGAGUCCUCCUGCAGAUUCCUUUGAUAGUGGAGGUGCCACGGAAUCUGAAGAUCCUGGUUCUUUGUCUGCGACAGAAGCAGCCAGAAGGAAAAAGAAAGCCAGGACUACUUUUACUGGUCGGCAGAUUUUCGAACUGGAAAAGCAGUUCGAGGUGAAGAAGUACCUGUCCAGUGGGGAAAGGGCUGAUAUGGCGCGGUUGUUGAAUGUUACGGAGACACAGGUGAAAAUAUGGUUCCAAAAUCGCCGGACGAAAUGGAAAAAGCAGGACAACAUCAGCAACGCAGAGGCUGCAGAGCACAAAACGACGCCUGCAGCUCAGCAGCAAGGAAAGCAGGAGCGUUCUCCCAGUACCGGCAAGCAAACGCCUCCUCUCUUAACCGAUAUCACAUCAGUAAAGCAAAAACCAUCCAAACAAAUUUUAUCAAACGAAAAACGAACCAUCACAUCCCACAGUAUAGAAUCCGUUAUAGACAUGUCGAGGCGAUUAGACAUUCUGGAAAAAAGGGAAGAAGACACAGUGUUAUUUGAGAAAAGUGAUAUUUUAGCCACCACCGAUGUGGAAAAUAGUUUAAGUAUUUCUAAAAUCACGACAAACAAUCGAUUGCAAAGUGGUACUGAUAGGGGUGCUUUUCAUCAAAUUAAAUCAGAACUAAAUGGUGAUCUUGCUAUUCAGUAGCAAA